AUGCGUUCGAGAUUGAGCACCAACGGUGACGAGUGCCAGUAUCUCCACGUAGACCCCUCUGCGAAGAUACAGGACUGCCCCUGGUAUGCGAGAGGCUUCUGCAAACAUGGUCCUGGUUGCAGGCACAGACACUCGCGUAAGGUACUGUGCCAGAACUAUCUCUGCGGCUUCUGUCCGGAAGGACCGAACUGCAAGGCGGCGCACCCCAAUUGGGACACAGUCACUAAGAUUGGCCACGACGGGGCUGACGGAUCCACUCAGGAUGUCAUACACAUCACCGGAGACGGCCUGGGAGGUUUGACAGACAAGGACCUCGCCUAUCAACAGCGCCAGCGUAUGCAUCAAGAGAACAUGAAAGCCCAGCAAGCACAGUACCAGCAGCAGCUGGCUUAUCAAGCACAGCAGUCAGCUAAUGGAGGGGACCAACAGGGGGGCAUGGGCAUGGGAGGGGGUGGCAGGGGCGGCAGAGGGGGUGGUCGAGGGGGCUAUGAGGGGGGUAGGGGUGGAUAUGAUGGCCAGAGGGGACGGGGUAGAGGGCGGGGAAUGUAGGUGGGAAGCUGGAAAAGCCGAAAGGGAGGAUGCAGGAUCUGAAGAAUGUGGGGUAGCUCUGGGAAUAUCUCCGGAGUGAUUUCCUCUGACACAAGAAGCUCAGUUGCUGGAGGGUGGCCGCUGAGGCCGGGAUCGAGUUCGGGCGGGUUAGGUUCACACACUUCUUGUGAUGGUAUGCUUGAGAAGAGGCUGUGGCAUGAGUGGUUCUGGUGGAUGUGCACGUGAGGGUGUGUGGUCCUACAUAUACAGCAAGCGUUAGAGACUGUGACCGAUACAGGCCACACCGCGGUGACACUUGAGUGCUGUCGCUGUACGCUGUAUACUGCCCUGACGAGCACCGACAGAUUCUAGAGUGGUCUGACUGCACUACACAACACCAACACAAGGCUGGUCUACGGUGUUCCGAAAGCAGGUCCAUCUCGUAUCUCGUACAUGCGUAUCUCAAACCCUAAACCCUGCUUUAUGUAGAAUUAUAAUCAUAUACGGCCAUGAGUCGGGAAAGUCUAACAACGGCACAUACAGUGCGCCCAUAAUCACACAUUGAGGACCGCGGUGAAGUGGGGGCCAACUUGUGACCCCCGACCAUGUACGCAGAAUAGGGCCGAAACGCACCCAGCAAAUAUUAAUACAAUGAAAACAGAUUACUCGGCAACAGUGAGGAAUGCAGUGAGGACUGAGGUUGGUGCAGAAAAGCGCCAGAAUGAAUUAUGGCUGGAGCCAUAUGUGGAAGUUGAUGGGCCAGUGCAGCAGAUAUGCUAUUGUAUGAUCUGAUGAUCCGCCCUAUAUGG